GCUUCAAGUUGCGGGGCAAACUACCGGCAUUCCGUUUGGAGUCGCACAAUAAUCAAACGUUUGCAAAUAAAGCAACCAUGAAAUUAGUCGUAUUUUUGAUGAAGCUCAGUCAUGAGACUGUGACGAUUGAACUGAAGAAUGGAACUCAGGUCCAGGGCACCAUCACAGGUGUCGAUGUUGCAAUGAACACUCAUUUGAAGAGUGUUAAAAUGACUCUUAAGAAUCAAGAACCUCUCACCUACGACUCCUUGACGAUUCGUGGCAACAACAUCCGGUACUACAUCCUCCCAGAAGCCCUGCCCAUGGAGAACUUGCUUAUAGAUGAAGGACCUCGCGCCCGUAGGGGCCGUGGUGACCGAGGACGAGGUCGUGGCCGUGGCGGUCGCGGUGGCCCCCGAGGGCGCGGUGGGCCCAGAGGUAGAGGUGGUCCAAGGGGACGCGGCAGGGGAGGACCGCGUCACUAAUCCAUCACUUCAUAUCUGUCCCCAACUUCAUUUUAUUAUUGUCGUCCUUUUUUAGUUUUGUUUUCAUUUCCCCAUCAUUUUAUUGCUACACAUUGUUUUCUUUUUUCUUUUUAAAUUCAUCGGAAGCUGUAUUUUCGUUUUUGGCAUUGCUAUGCUUGUACAUGUACAUGUAUUCAGUACAUGUAUUCAUACCCGUUAUGUCACCAUCAUGCCCAGUCACUGAACCCCAGCCUCGGAUGGCAACUUCUCGUAUGCAUUGUGCUAACCGGACGAAAUUUGAACUCCAGUAGUGGUUAUUAUUUUUAAGUUGAUAGUCAGACCUGCGGGGACCGUUUAUGUUUCAUUCAUUGAUUUACUUCAAGGAUGAUUGACCUCUAGCGGGAUACUUAUAUUUUAUUUUCAUUUGUGGAGUAGCUGUGGAGUGUGUGAAGUGAGCUACUCACUGCAUCAGUGAAGGGAACUCGUCCUGUUAGAUCUCAUAAAAUUCUUGCUUCAUUUCAAUAGGAGCAAAACAUUGAUGUUGGUAAAUUUCAGGAUUUUGACCUUAAAUUCGAAAGUGGAAAAUUUCCUUUGCAUGUACAUCUUGUGCAUUAUUUCAAACCGCCUUUACCAAUGGUAUGUCAAUACUAAAAUUAUUCUUCUCUCAGUUUGUUAUUGCUUUAAGCUAUUUUACGUGUAGCAGCCAAUGUUCGGAUCAUAGAAAUAAACCAGUUAUCUAUUAAUUUUCUUGUCUAAGCUUGAGUUCCUUAGCUUAAAACUAUUAGUUAUGGAGUACCUGUCGAGUCGAGAAUAAAAUUGCCUGUACCUGAGAAUAAUAUUGCUUUUGCAAAUUC